CGCCUCUUGUUGUGAGCGGCGCAGCACUGAGCAGCAUGAUGUAACGAUCGGCUCGUAUGUUAUCUUUUGCUUUUUGAUCGCAUACGAGAGCAGUAGUUUGUGAGAGGAAACAAUGCAUCCACAUCCAAAUCCACGGCGCUGAACGACUGGCUGCUCUUGUUCUGUUUGGAUUCGGGAAACGUGUGUUUUCGUUUUGUCAAAUCCAGAUGUUUUGGAGGGACACUGCAGCCAGAGGCAAACAAAGUGAGGUGAAGUUGCUCAGCCACGAGGGAUCAGAUUACCAUUACUGCGCCGAUUACUGCCCAGAGCUUUAUUGAGUCACUGAUAGCAGAUGGUAGGGUCGUAUACAGGUGGGUUUAUGCGCAGGUGCUGCACGCCGUGGACGAACCGAAAGUAUAACGGGGUUUGGUUACAGAGAGAGGAGGAGGAUGGUGGCGGAGAUGGCGAACAGUGGAGCGGCUUGUCACCUGGAGGACGGAGACGGAGAUAUCCCUGCGCCUGAAAACAAAGAUAAUCUUACAGAAAGUGACAGCAGUAGUUCAGAGAACGCGGGAACGUCCGCCGAGGACAGCUCAGAAGAUGAAGAGGAGGAGGAGGAUGAGGAAGAGGAUUCUGAGGGCUGUGCUGAGAAGGAUGGAGAAGAGGAAGAUAAUGAAGAGGUUGAUGGAGAGGAGUUUAAAAAUGAGUCCGUCCCCAGACCUGAAGUAAAGGUUUCAAAUGGAAAAGACGAGAGGCACUUCAGACUGUGCUGUGAGAAAUGCAAAGCCAUCCAGCAGAGUCAUGGCAAUGAGCUGGUUACCCCCAGGAGGAUCAGCAAGGGACGAUUACAGGUGCAGCUGGAAGGAGAGGGCACAUACGAAUGUUCGCUCACCGGCCUGGUGUUUGAAGCAUCGGAGCGGGUUCUUGUGCGGUACUCAGUUUUGUCCUGGUCCAAGUUCGCCUCCUUCCUCCGGGACUCCUGGAAAUUUGCUGGACCCAUCUUUAAUGUGGACACAGUCAACAAGGACGCGUCUGUCCUCAAGUCCAUCCAGUUCCCUCACUCUGUCUGCAUUGCAGAUCCGGAUAGUGAGAUGACAUUCAGUGUCCUGCACAUGAAGGACAACCGUCCACUCAUUGAGCCAACAGUGGACCACUCAGGUAGCCAUGUUAAGUGGAAUGUAACAUCCCUGUCACCCGUGGGUCCCAUCAUUCAGACAAACCAGUCUGUCGAGCACCACGGAGUGGUCCUGGUCUACAAGCAGCUGGGCAGUGACAACAACAACUACAGCUUCCAUGUCUAUCUGGCCACCAACAGUUCAUCUGACAUCAAGGAUAUAGCCAAACAGGUGCGGGGCUACAAGAAUCGUUACAUUCGGAUAGAGAAGCCUCCCACAUGUAAACUGGAUGAGGGGACGUAUCGUCUCAUGAGCGAGCCGGAGGGGGAGAUCAGACCUCAGGAUUUGAAAUUCACCCUUGCGGUGACUAAGAUGAAAGGCUACUUUGAAGCUUUCUUCGAGCAGCCUCCUCCCUUUAAAUUGUCUCUCAUAGAGAUUAACACUGAGGAGACUGUAUGGUCGGCCACAAUCAGAGAAGGUGACUGUGUGGAUAACACAGAGAAGAGGCCAAGGAAGAGGACGAACAGCAGGCAGAGGAGCAGCAGCCCCUCAGAAGAAGAAACAGCUUGUAAAAGACCUCGAUGGCAGGACGAGUCAGAUGGAGUGAAAACAGUGAUGACUCAGGGCCGGGACAUGUCAGAGAAGCAGCUACUGCAGGUGGCCAAGCGGCUCGGGAAGGAGUGGAAGCAGGUGGCCAUCUAUCUAGACUUGAACUCCAGGGAGCUGGAUGAAAUCCAGGCAAUGGAGAAAGAUGUGACCAUGCAGAAGCUGAAGAUGCUGGUGGAGUGGAAGAGCAGGAGGCGGCCGGGGGAGGCCACGGCGUUUCACCUUUGGAAAAGUGUGGAGGAACUCGAUGACUUGCCAAAUGAGGUCCAUCAGACACUGCAAGAAAUGAUGGACAGUCGAGCAGCUAAGUGAGAGAGAGACUUGACUUUGGGUAACUGUCGCAUUCAUCAUCGGGAAGAGAAAGAAAAAUCUCAGGAACACAACUCAGCAGGGUUGACCCAUGGACCAAACGUCAGCUCUUCUGUCAGUUUGUGUUUCUCUUUUGAAUAUUUUCUUGAUAUUGAAACCUGUUUUUGAGACUGAUUUUUAUAUUGUUGCAUUCCUUGGAAAUGGCCGCUAUCGUAGCUUUGGAUGGGCAUUUUCCCUGAUUUUGUUCAAAUGUAGUCAUUUCAGUCUGUAAUGAAUAUAGAACCUUUCAGUACCUGAAGUUUCCUUUGCGUAGCCACAGUUUGUCGCUCAGCAUUAUCAGGUUCAGCAAUGACCAGUAGAGGUGUGGGGGGGUCAUUGAGGUAUUUAGUAGCUAAUUAUGUAGCCAGUAACAGAUGAAAAUGUAGGUGCUGCAGUGUUGAAACUGCAAAACAUGGGGAAAAAAAAUCCAACCUGUAUAUCUUGUUUCACUUUUAAAUGUUUUGGGGACUUUUUAUAAAAAAUAAUCAGGCGUUGUAUCACAUGCACGUGCAUGUGACUCUUACGGACUAAAUUGCAUUUUUAUAUUUGCACACACUGUGUAUUGUAAAUAGUUUGUUUUUUUUUACCAAAUUUUUUCAUUCUGUGAUCUAUUUUUUUAAGUCUUUUUUUUUGUCUGUUUAUGCCUGUUUGUGUUUUUAUUUGACAACUCUGAGCCUGAAAAACUAAACUGAGUUGCGUAAAUAUGUUUAUUUUGUUUAACUUGAAUUAUGCAUACAUUCCUGUGCUCCUCUGACUGGAACACACAUCUUGUGUUUGUUACCUAUAAAUGUUGUUUUUGUGGAUUACAAAAGUGCACACCGUGGAAAACAAAAAAGAAAAACCCCACAAAUCCCAAGUAUUUGGAUUCAGGGCUGAAUUUAAGUAUUCUAAUUGUGUGAGUGCAGCUACAGCCUGGCAACAAAGACGAGUCACAGACGAGGUUCAUUUCAUAGCUGUAGAGUUUAUAACACUUAAGGUUUGAAAAGAAAAAGCAAACCUAUACUGUAAACUGCCUGUGGCAACUUUGUGUCUGUCGUACUUAUUUUCAAAUGAUGCUGUCCCAGUCAUGUCAACACUAUGCGGGGGAAAGCUGCAGAUUUUUUUGUGUCUUACUUGUCGAUGUCAUGCAGUAAUGAUUACAUUCACAGAAAAGAGUUGCUUCUUUAAACCACUUGCCACCAACAGUCCAGUCCGUCCCUUUUGCACUUGUGUCCUUCAUGUCUGAGUCCCACUGAAGAACUGUGGAAUCUUUGGAAUCAAGCAAAUGUCAGCUGAAUAAAACAAGAAAAGACCUCCUG